AUUUUCAAUAUAUAGGUGUAUUUAUAAGCGAAGCUUUCCCAUAACUUUGAUAUUUCCGACAUUCUUAACAGAAUAAUGACUAGCCAUUCAAUAUAUAUGAAAUAAUGAAAGAUAUUACAAAAUAUAGUGUGCGGUAGUUACCCAUGCUGGCCAUGGUGGUAUCCAUGUUGUGAGGUACUCUUAAAUUCGUAUUGGGCGUUAUCGGUCGUUAAUGUACUGGCCAUGGAGGUUAGAUAGCUUUAAGUUAUAAUUGGAUGAAUAAUUUCAGGGAUUUCAAGUUAUUAUUCAGAAGGGAGAUAAUAAGGUGAAGUGUAGUGCAGUGAUUUUAUCAAGCCAAUUAGUGCUUCAGACUUGGCCGUUAAAUUAAGUAUAAACUGAAAAAGUAUUCGGUUGACAGAAACAAGACAAUUAACUGUGUUCGUAUCAGUAGACUUCAUAUAUAUAGAAAUGUUUGCCGAUGUUGACGUAUUCAUAAGCAAUUACACUCUAGUUGAUCCAGAAGUAUACCAACUGUGGGUUGAUGGAUGUUCCUCCUCGGAAGCCGUGACAGCCCUGAACCAGCGGGGAGUAAUACAGCAGACUGGAGCAACUUUGGAGUUGGUUGCUUCGGAUGUACUUGACCACUAUCGUACUUACAGUCUGUUAGAGAGGCUGCUUCACAAUCCGCCAAAGCUAGCUGAACAGCUUGCUUUCCAAAUAGAGCCACAGACAAGGAGACUUCUUAUAGAAAAGUACUAUGAGUUUGAUGGUGCUGUGAUACGGGAAUUACUGGGCAAGAAAUUGUCCUCACGCCACAGGAAGGAUUUGGAUGAAGUGAGUGAAAAGACUUGUGUACUCCUCAAAUCUUGCAGAAGACAAUUUGAUAAUGUGAAGAGAGUGUUCAAAGUUGUAGAAGAUAUGCAGGGCUCUGUAGUCCAAAACAUCAAGACCAACUUUCUUCUUCCUGAAGAGCUGGCCAGGCGCUAUGGGGCCGUUGUUUUUAUUGCUUGCAUAAAGUUUGAAACCAGCAAGAAGAAACUUCAAUAUCUGACAUUUCCAGACUUCUAUCAUUGUGCACAGUCUAUUAUGGCUUCGUGGACUUAUGUGGAUAAUGGUAGUCCAGAAUAUGAUGAUACAGAACUGGAUAGGGAAUUCCUUCUGGAUCUCAGAGAACUCAGGAUAUUACUUGACAAAGAAAAGGAGCACAAACACUUAGUAUGCCAGAAGUUGAAACCCCAGCUGUUGGAGCGGUCAUACCAAGAAUUGGAUUCUAACUUCCGAUCAUACACACGUGCUCUGGUGGGCCUUGCAUGUAACCUUCAUCGGUCCCGUGAACUGCGCUCUUUGUUUCUUGAAUUGGUGGAAAGGUGCUUAGAGCCCUGGAGACAAGUAUCUUGGUCCCACACAGAUCUGCGGAACUUCCUUUCUUCUUACUACCAGUGUGCGCUUGAAAUGGAUGUUCUGAGGGAGGCAGAUUUAAAGAAUUCCUGGGAGCGGUACAUGACUGUGAUAACAAGCUGCCUGCUGCGGAUGUAUCAUGCCUAGCAAUUUGUGGGUUUUACAGCCACAUACACAGCAUAUGUGUCCUAACAUUUGUGCUGAUAAACCUGUACAUCUGAUUUCUACAAAUAGCAUGAACGGAAUAAAGUAUGACCUCAGUUUUCAGUUUGAUAAGUGCCAUUAUGAGAAUAAAAUAUUGCUAGUUACGUACAUUUUCAUAUAAUAAUGUUGUUGACAUUACUGUCUUCUUGUAUGUGAUACUGAUAGACUAAUGGUUACAUACCAGUGCUUUUGAGGGCACACUAUUGCCUACAUUUCCAAAACAGAAAUGUGACUCUCAUUCUUUUACGUUUCUCCAAAACUGUAGUAUGUAUCUACCUAACUUCAUGGUGUUUCAUCCCAAAAGACAGUAAUUUUCAUAGUCACAACUCUGACAACUUCAAGUUUCAGAGUAUGUUGUUAAUUUAUGCUGCACAUAUUUUGUUAAGUAUACCGAAACUGCAAACAAAAACAAAAGAAGUCUCGUUGACUCUUGGGAUGAUAUUGCUCAGUGGCUUCCCCCUCUCUGUGUACUGUUGUAUUCCUUUCUGGCCCAUAUUAGCUAGCCCAAAGCAAUAGUACACUAUAUGGUUUAUACAACCACAUUGUGUGUGCUUCUCCAUACUCAUUGACAAAUAUAAUAAAUUGUGUACUUAACAUUA